CGUUUAAAUAAAGUUUUUUGUAGGGUUUUGAAUCAACAACGCUUCGAUCAUGGCCGCCGUAGACGUGGAAGAUGAGAGUAUCCUGGCCUCGAUCUUCAAAGACAGCUUUCCUGAGAACUGGAGAGAGAAGCCGGACUUCGCGGCGUAUUUGUCGCAGCUGAGCUCGUGCGGUGUGGACGAGUUGAACAGGGAGCCCGAGCGUCUGGCGGAGGAGCGGGCGCAGAUCCUGCAGCAGACCCGAGAACUGGCCUUCACCAACUACAAGACGUUCAUCAGGACCGCGGACUGCACGCGGCACAUCUACACUGACUUCAGCACGGUGGAGAACUGCCUCUCUAAACUACUGCACAAACUCCCCAGCUUCACUGAGAGAUGCAGGUCUGUGCUUCACUCGCUCUGUGCAGAAAAUAAUGGACGAACUGUACAACUAAUAGAAGACUUACGACUGUGCUGCCCUAUUGGACUGGCACAGGAAGUUAGCAGAUGUGUUGAGGAAGCCCUUAUUAAGGUGACCAAGCUGAUCCUGGUUUUCCAUCGAGCUGAGGAAUCUGCCUUCAGUAGCCGUGAACGAGAGUUAUUCGUUCAGUUCUGCAGUGCAUUUGCUGAAGACAUGGUGCCUUUCUUGAACCGAUGUUUACAAGUUCUCUUUCCUCCAGCCCAGCUUGCUCUCAUACUGGGCGUUCCGCCAACCCAGGUUUAUAAGUAUGGCAGUCUUGGCUGCAUCAAUGUGAACGCGGUUCUGGAGCCGCUGGAGUUUGUUCUGCCCCAGAAGGAGCCCGAGCCCGUGACCUCUGUCCUGGAGCUCUGCACUGAUCUGAGCAGCCUGACCACAGCUGAAUCAGAUCCCUCGCCUGCACUCAAACCCAUAACACCUCAAGAAGAAAAACCUGUAUUAUCUGAACAACAAGAGCCUGUGUCAGCAUCUGAUCCUCGUCUUUCUCAAAAAGAGAACAUUUCUGCUGAAUCAGUCAGUACCGAGCAAAACAACCCGAUCCUGGAGCCUGAAAUGACCUUUGAUGUACAGGACUUGACAGGACCAGAUGAUUUGUCCACAACAGAUGUUAAUGUUGAGGAGAUGUUGUCAAAAUAAAAAAAAAAUACACUACAUGCAA